GAUUUAAGAUCAUAAAAACGAUCUGAUAAUGAUUUUUGGAAAUCCUAAUUAUCCGCCUUUUUUCCCUUCCGUAACACACUCCCACUGCCUCUUUUAUCAUCGUCAUGGUCACCGCUUCACCUCCACAAAAGAACAUUGUCAUUAUUGGUGGCUCCUGUGCAGCUAUGGGUGCUGCUCUCACAUGGGGUGAGAAAGCGUUAGAAUCUCAUCGUUUGAUUAUCAUUGAUGUCAAGUCCCAUUUCAACCAUGUGUUUGCAUUUCCUCGAGCGGCGGUGAAAUCCGGAUUUGAACGUGAACUGUUUGUGCCAUACCAUAAUUUAUUCGGUGGAGAUGAUCGAAAGGGCAAAGUAUUGCAUGCGCGCGUUACCAAAUUGUUUGAACACCAUGUGGAACUGGAUCGUGAAGUGCCUGAAUUUGGCACCAAGGUGGAAUUUGACUACCUCAUCUACGGUGCCGGUACCAAGAUUCCAGCUCCCGGACGACUUGCCGCCGAGACCAAAGCCGCAGGAAUCGAUACUUUGAAAAAGUACCAGAAAGCUAUUGAAGAAGCCGAACGACCGGUGGUGAUUGGUGCCGGUGCUGUGGGCAUUGAACUGGCCGCCGAAAUCAAGGAACACUAUCCCGAGAAGCAUGUCACCCUUCUUCACUCACGAUCCGGCUACCUGCCCCGUUUCAAGAAGAGCGUCGAUGUCAUGACCUAUAACAUCUUGAAAAAGCAUGGUGUCAAACAAAUCCUCGGUGAUCGAGUGAUCCUGCCGGAACAAGGGUUCCCAUUGGAAGUCAAACCUAUAGAAAUUCACACCAGAGGUGGCAGAGUGAUUCAAUCUGAUCUUGCAAUCAUGUGUAUCGGCAUGACUCCCAAUAGCCAACUGCUGGCAGAGCUAUCGCCCAAGUCGAUCAAUUCCGAUAACAAGUUUGUCAAGGUCAAGCCAACCAUGCAAAUUCAGGAUGAUCAGUAUCCUCACAUUUUCGCCGCCGGCGAUGUUUUGGAUCACACGGAUGUGAAAACCGGACACUUUGCUUGGGUGCAGGGCAUCGCAGCACUGAACAAUAUCAUGACGCUGAUUAAUGGCGGAUCGCAGGAAGAUUUGCGCCCAUAUGUCAGCUAUGACGUUGCAUUGAUUCGAUUGAUUCUAGGAAACAAAGAAGCGGUGAUGCAAACGAAUAUGUUGGGACCUUUGGUUACUGCGGGCUCCUGGAUUGCUGGUCGUAACAUUCCCGAUAAUAUCUAUGCCGCCCGAGCCUGGGCCUGGGUUCGCACACCUUUGGAUGAGGAGCAUGCUGAUUUGUAAAAAAUAAUGUAAUCUGUGUUAUAAAAUAAACCUAU